AUGGCGUACUCUGUCCAGAGCAUAUGCGUAGAAAGUGGCAGUUAUAUAUACAUUCUCUCGUACGUAGAUGGAAUGUUUAUGAGCAUAUGCACGCUAAUUCUCUACAGGGAGUGUAAAGUCCUGUACAUUUCCCACUUUGAGAGUGCUUCUAUUGUAAAGGGCCUCUCUAGGAUGGUCCUCAUCCAGAACUUGAGCCGUCUCUUGCCUGCUCUCGAGUACCCCAGCAUCUACAUAUACGCCAGGCCGAUUCCCUGCGUGUUUUUCUCGGGGGAAGUUGGAGAAACCCCGAAUAACCCGAAAAGAGUCUGUCUUUUCUGGGAGAGUGUCGUGCACGGGGUGGGAUAUGCAUGCGACAGAGUAUCCCACGAGGAGAUAAAGGCAGGGAAAGAUCCUUUCUCCGGGCACGAAGGGAUAAAACAGUGCCUGGGUUCGAUUCCUGAUGAGCCCAUUUCCAGGGUCAUGAAGAAGGCGAGGGAUUUGGCCCUGGAGGAGAUCCUGGUGAUUCUGUGCGGGAGUGCUGACUUGCACAGGGGGACUCUCCUUCUGUGUGAAUCCUCCAGGGAAGAGGCCGUGCCUGAAAUGAAGAUCCACAAAAGAUCAGCAGCUGAUGUAAAAAAGAUGCUGAAAUUUCCAAAAACAGCGAUUUCCCUCCUGGGAGUAGAACCUGAGUGCGAGGAAAUAGAAGAGAAGGCGAUCCCCCUGCGUCCUCCUGCACCCCAGAGAGUGCAGAAGAUCCAGAAAAUAUCCAAGACCAGAAGCAUCCCAAAGGAGCAUGCAUAG